CAUACUGGCCUCUAAGAACAUUAUCAAGAUCAUUGCAAACUGUAAAGAGUUCCUAAUAUGUGUUGACAAAUUGUUUUCAUUCAACAGUGAACAUGGAAUACCCUGUGAAAACAUAGAGGACCCAGUCAUUGCCUGCUGGCUUGUGGAUCCUGACAAUCAGCCUGCAAGCUUUGUGCAGUUGUGUAGAACUGCAGGUCUAGAGCACAGAUCUGAUGAUGCAGACUGGCCUGCAUUCUUACAGAUGACUCCAAAGCUGAUGCACAAUUUCAGGAGUAAACUGAAAGCAAAUAAGUUGUGGUCAGUUUUCACAGACAUUGAGAUGAAAUUGAUUCCAGUUUUGGCUUGCAUGGAAACACAGACCAUUAAAGUGGACACAGCCUUAUUUGUCAAGUUUUCAGAUAUACUCAAAAGCAAGAUAAAAAGAUUGGAAGAGGCAGUUUACAAGGAAGCAGGGCGUAAGUUUUCUCUGAAUAGCCAUGUGCAGCUCCGACAGAUUUUAUAUGAAGAGUUACAGUUGGAUACAAAACUGGCUCCAGACAAAAAAAUUAUGAAGACAGAUGUUUGCAAUCAAAAGUCAACCUGUGAGUCAAGCCUGAAAUUACUAGCUGGUGUGCAUCCUUUGCCUGCCCUUAUUCUGGAAUACAGACAGAUGCAGAAACUGAUGUCAACUUAUGUUGACGGCAUGAUGUCAUGUGUUACAAAUGGCAGCAUCAUGACACACUGGGAUCAAACUGCGGCUGCCACUGGCAGGUUGACUUCAUCUCAACCUAACAUCCAAGCAGUUCCCAAAACUCUGAUCACAGUUACAGACUUUCAGCCCAAUUAUGUCAUUGGAUCAGAGAUGUCAAGUGUUGAUAUCCAUGCAAGAGAGCCAUUUAUCAGCAGACCUGGUUGUGUAUUCCUGGCUGCAGAUUUCCAACAGACUGAACUGAGAGUACUAGCUCAUUUGUCAGGAGACAGUACUUUGCAGUCACUUUUCAAGAACACUGCAGGCGAAGAUGUCUUCAUUUUGCUCACAAAACAAUGGCAAAACAAGACAAGCAGUGAAGUUACCUCUGCAGAUAGAGAGCAGACAAAGAGAGUGGUCUACUCUGUCAUGUAUGGUGUUGGGAAAGACAAAUUAUCUGAGUAUUUGAAAGUGAAGCCUGACAUUGCACAGGAAAUCAUAACAAGUUUUCUUUUGCAAUUCCCAGCUAUUGGUUCCUUUACCAAGAAAUGUUGGACUUAUGCUCAGGAGUUUGGCUACACAGAGACAGUGAGUGGUCGACGACGUUAUUUCCCCCAUAUCAACAGUAACUCUCCAGUUCUCAGAGCUCAGGCUCAGCGACAAGCAGUCAACUUUUGUGUACAAGGAUCUGCUGCUGAUAUCUGUAAGCUUGCCAUGUUGGCUGUGGAAAAACAACUUCAGGAGAAAGCUCACCUUUCAUGUCGGCUACUUCUACAAAUCCAUGAUGAACUGAUAUGGGAGGUACCAGAGGACCAGCUACUGGAAACACAAGGUGUGAUCCAGAAAGUCAUUGAGAACCCAGAGACUUUGUGUGGAACACUAUUCAGCCUUCAGGUUCCUCUUACUGCUGCAUUCAGCUGUGGAAAAUCAUGGGCUCACAUGAAUUCUGUCAUAGCAACAGUAUAG